UUGUUGUAUUCGUGUUGUUGUGUUUGCUUUUCUCUGCACAGCUGAGCUAGGGUUGAAAAGCUUUCGCUGAAAUUUCCAUGGCUUGGUGGGAAGGUGUUGAUGAAACUCGUCUUCUUAUUGCUCCUGUCCCAGGGGAAACAGGAAAUGGUAUUGGACAAAUGCUAUCUCUUCGCCAUCCGAAAUCAGGAAACACAGCUUGCUAUCUCCUAGUCAAUGGGCUGCUUCAAGAGCUUCACUGGUUUAAGCAAUCCUAUGGAUCUUGGUUUGUGGGGGAUUAUGUUUGUGAAGAUGGCAGCCUAUAUACCGCAACUCCAGUUGAUCCUGUUUUUAUUUUUCUGCCCAUUUUUGAGGAAGCUAGAAUGAAGAAGGGAGAUGAUCCAGGGAAGUUCAGGCAAUUGGAUGAGAUAGUUUUCAUUAGCGGCUAUCCUGGAUAUCAACAUUUAUUAUCUAUUGCAGAGAAUUCUAUGCAAGUACUUUGUGAUGUCAAAGAAAUUGGAUCAUCAAAAUUUUUUAGGCUUGAUGACUCAAAGGUUCUAGCUUGGUUAUACCACAAGGUAUGUGAGCUAAAAAAGACUCUUUCUGUAUUGGACAAAAACUAUGCUGCACGGCAAGAGAAAGACACAUUAGCUGAUGCAGUUUCAAUCUUGGGGGAGUACAUGAAGGAUGAGCCUUGGCUGAAGCUUCUGUGUAACCAUCUAAAGUUAGAUUUAGCAGAGGCAAAUAGAAAAGCACCAGAUGGUGAAAUCCUUUCAGCUGUUACAGAAAGCAACCCAGGGUCUCAGAGUGUCUUACAGGGAAAAGGGAGCGACAAAAGGAGUACAAGAACUGGAAAGCAAGCUAAAAAGCCAAAAGUGGAGACAGAAUCAAAGAACAUCAAAGAAAUGUUUUCCAGGGCGUCAAGAAGGAGAAACUGAACCCCUUUAAGCAAAACACAGGAGAUGUUGGUCCUGAAAUUCCUGCAUUAUGGUCAAACUGUCCAAACUCAUUUUCAUGCUUGGUGCAUUGGCAUUGACUUCCAUGCUACUUUGUAGUUUAAUCAGUAGGCUGUAUUUUUGUUGAAUAUUUUUUAUCAUGUCUAGAUCUUACAUUGUAAGAUUGCUUAAUUUAACUUUGUGACUAGUGAGACCUGAUUUUGGCAUAUUCAAAAUUGAAGAAAUGGUUAACUUAAGGUAAA